AUGCUGCGGACAGCCCCCCGGCUGCUGCGGACGAUCUGCACGACGGCCGCGGCUUAUCAACAUAAGCUGAAGCUAGCCCUUAUAGGUCAAAGUAUUUUUGGACAAGAAGUUUAUAACAAGCUGAGAAAAGAGGGACAUAAAGUUGUGGGAGUAUUCACAGUGCCUGACAAGAAUGGACAAGCUGAUCCUUUGGCACUGGCAGCAGAGAAGGACGGCACUCCUGUUUUUAAGUUCCCCAGAUGGAGAGCUAAAGGCAAGCCUAUCCAGGAAGUAGUUGCAGCCUACAAAUCGGUUGGAGCAGAGCUAAAUGUCCUUCCGUUCUGUACACAGUUCAUCCCCAUGGAUGUUAUUGACUGCCCAAAACAUGGCUCAAUUAUUUACCAUCCAUCCAUCCUACCACGCCACCGAGGAGCUUCUGCAAUCAACUGGACUUUAAUUCAAGGAGAUAAGAAAGCAGGAUUUACUAUUUUUUGGGCUGAUGAUGGUUUGGACACUGGACCAAUCCUUCUGCAGCGAGAAUGUGAUGUUGGCCAAAACGAUACUGUGGAUGACCUGUAUAACCGGUUUCUCUUCCCAGAAGGAAUAAAGGCUAUGGUGGAAGCUGUACAUCUAAUUGCUGAUGGUAAGGCCCCUCGUAUACCUCAGCCUAAAGAAGGGGCAACAUAUGAAGGGAUCCAGAAAAAGGAAAAUGCAGAGAUCUCCUGGGACCAACCUGCAGCAGCUUUGCACAAUUGGAUUCGAGGGCAUGAUAAAGUGCCUGGAGCAUGGGCAACAAUAGAUGGCCAGGUGGUUACUUUUUACGGGUCAUCAUUGCUUGAUGCUUCAGUGCCUGCUGGACAAGAGCUGGCAAUAAAAGGUGCUUCAAGACCUGGACUUGUAACCAAGAAUGGUCUAGUCAUUUUUGGUAAUGAUGGGAAGAUGGUACUAGUGAGAAAUCUGCAGUUUGAGGAUGGAAAAAUGAUCCCUGCAUCUAAAUACUUCUCUGCUGAUGAAAAAACUGCCCUGGAACUUACAGAAGAGGAGAAAAAGAUGGCAGAAGAUAUUAGGGCUAUUUGGAAGGGAAUUUUGAGCAAUGUUGCUGUAAUUGAGGAUUCCACAGACUUCUUCAAAUCUGGAGCAUCCUCUAUGCAUGUUGUCAGAAUGCUAGAAGAGACCAAACAGAAAUAUAGUGGACUUCAACUACAGAAUGAAGAUGUGUAUAUGGCCACUAAGUUUGCAGACUUUAUUCAAAAGGCUGUCAGAAAAUUCAGAGGAGAAGACAAAGAAGAAGAGUUAGUCAUUGAUUACGUUUCAAAAAAUGUGAACAACAUGAUUGUGAAUAUGCCAUACCAGUGUUUCAUAAAUGGGCAAUUUAUAAAUGCUGAUGAUGGAAAAACAUAUGACACUAUAAAUCCAGCAGAUGGAUCAAUAAUAGCCAGUGUAUCUUCUGCUUCAUUGGCUGAUGUUGACAAGGCAGUGGCAGCAGCAAAGGAGGCAUUUGAAAAUGGUGAAUGGGGAAGAAUGAAUGCAAGGGAAAGAGGGCGACUCAUGUACAGACUUGCAGACCUGAUGGAAGAACAUCAAGAAGAGUUAGCAACAAUAGAGUCUAUCGAUUCAGGAGCUGUCUACACUUUAGCUUUGAAGACCCAUGUUGGAAUGUCUGUGCAAACAUUCAGAUACUUUGCUGGAUGGUGUGACAAAAUUCAGGGUGCUACAAUUCCAAUUAACCAGGCCCGGCCAAACCAUAAUCUAACAUUCACCAAGAAAGAGCCAAUAGGUGUCUGUGCAAUUGUUAUCCCCUGGAAUUACCCACUGAUGAUGCUGGCAUGGAAGAGCGCAGCAUGCUUGGCUGCAGGCAACACACUCGUACUCAAGCCGGCUCAGGUCACACCUCUGACUUCCUUGAAGUUUGCAGAACUCUCAGCUAAAGCUGGGUUUCCUAAGGGCGUUAUAAAUAUUCUGCCUGGUUCAGGUGGCUUAGUGGGACAGCACCUGUCUGAACAUCCAGAUGUUCGCAAAGUUGGAUUCACUGGUUCAACACCAACUGGUAAACAGAUCAUGAAGAGUGCAGCCACUAAUCUGAAGAAAGUUUCUCUUGAACUCGGUGGUAAAUCACCAUUGAUCAUAUUCAGUGACUGUGAACUUGACAGAGCUGUAAAAAUGGGUAUGGGAGCAGUAUAUUUCAACAAAGGAGAAAACUGCAUUGCAGCUGGCAGGCUAUUUGUGGAAGAAUCAAUCCAUGAUGAAUUUGUUAGAAAAGUGGUGGAAGAAAUAAAAAAGAUGAAAAUUGGUGACCCACUUGAUAGAUCUACAGAUCAUGGUCCACAAAAUCACAAGGCACAUUUGGAAAAGCUGCUGCGAUAUUGUGAAACUGGAGUAAAAGAAGGAGCCACUCUAGUGUAUGGAGGAAGACAAGUACGUAGACCAGGUUUCUUCAUGGAACCCACUGUAUUCACAGAUGUUGAAGACCAUAUGUAUAUUGCCCAGGAAGAGUCCUUUGGUCCUGUGAUGGUGAUUUCUAAAUUUAAAAAUGGGGAUGUCGAUGGAGUGCUGCGACGGGCAAAUACCACAGAAUAUGGCUUAGCUUCAGGAGUUUUCACAAAAGACAUAAGCAAAGCUCUCUACAUCAGUGAAAAGCUAGAAGCUGGAACAGUUUUUAUUAACACAUAUAACAAAACUGAUGUGGCAGCACCAUUUGGUGGAUUUAAGCAGUCUGGCUUUGGGAAAGAUUUAGGUGAAGAAGCUCUUCAUGAAUAUCUCAGAACCAAGGCUAUCACUGUGGAAUACUGAAGUAACAGCCUCACUUGGAAAGUAAACUUCGGUGGAGUUUGAAUCUUAAUGACUCCAUGAAGCACUUAAUACCAUGCCCAGGAUAUGCUGUCUGCAGUGUUACAACUGGAAAAAAAACCAAACCCAAAACAAAACACCCAUUCCAUGGAUAAAUUUCUAUAAACCAGGUCCAAAUUUUAGUCUCACUGACAGAUAAAAGCAUUUGGAAAUUAACCUGAAGUUAUUUAAAUUAUGCAGCAGCAGUUGUUAGCACAAUCUUCCCAAAAAAACCAAGAACAUGGUUGGUUUAUUUUUUUUAAAUACAAUUGAAGAAUGAGUUCUCACAUGCCUACUUCUUAUUUGUGUGAACCCAGUAUUUACAUGAUCAUUAUAAAUCCUUAGUCAUUAGGCUUCUCUUAAAGUUGAACUAAAAUAUACUGAUUAUGCUAUUUUUGCUAUAAACCAGUUCAAGUUUUACAGUAGCAAUUAAACGUUCUGCUCUGGUGAUUCUUCAGCAGUACAGAAAACCUUUGUGCCAUAAGAAGUAAAUCAAUGCAAGAAAGUGCACUUACUAUGAUCUUUGUAUAGUACAUACAGAGUUCAACAUUGGUGUUAAACUAUGCAUAUCAAGCUAAAGUUACUGAAAAUAUUUUUUAUCUUUUUGUUGAUAUGGAAUGUGUGAUCUGCCUGCAAUUUGAAAGGUGGUUACAUUACCAGAUUAAAAUCACUUUUUGUGUCUGUGCGCAUGGACUGUUAUCACCGUUUUAUACAGCAUGAUUAAAAAAAAAGUAUGAAAUACAAAGUAAUAAUCUAUGGGAAAAUUCCUUGUAAAAUGACUGAAUUAAGAUGUUGGCUUUCAAACUUUCUUUGGUUUGAAGAGAAGUUUUCCAUAGAUUGAGAACUUAUCUAACAAACUAAGCCGACUUCAGACCACUUCUUCUUCUUAGAGUGCAACUCCACCCAAAGCUUAAUCUGAUCUGUGGGCUGCCAUUAAAAAUAGCAGUCCCAUUCUUUGAUUCCCAUCCUUUCCACACCCUAAAAUAUUUUGUGGUUUAAUCAGUUAAUCCCAGUAAAUCAUGCCCCCUUCUAUUUUUAAGAAGCUGUAUUGUUAUUUCUUAUCACAAAUAUUAUGGAAACUGAUAUUAAAACUAUAGCUUUAAGUAUGGGAUUCAAAAUAAAUUCUGUAAAUAACUGCAGGUUUCAAGUCAUGGCAUUAAGUUUAAUAUUUGAGCAAAUACAAUAUAGAAAAUUUUACUUUAAUGGUGUAGAAAAUACAAAGUUCCUUUAAGAAACAAACGGUGACAUCCAGGAGCAUGACAGAUACUUCUGAAAUGCAAACCAAUCUAUGAAGUAAAUACAACAGCCCAAAUCAUUGUAUUUGAUCAAUCUGAGGUAAGUAUGAAUGAGACAUACUUUCACUGAUUUUGGUUUCACAAUUGUUUCAAGCUAACCUAAGUACAGGCCAGCUGAAAAUUCACCUUUUUAUUCUUCUGGCAGUGACAGUUGUCAACAAAAUGGAGAGGGCAGAAACGUGGCAGGGAAAGCGGGAGAUGAAAAGUGUAGCUUAAAGCAAUUGUAACACCACAGAGGCAGACUUGACCAUUUAAGUGCUGAGGGUAUCUGCACUACAGCCACAAAUGUUCCAGAGAUGAGCUAGUAACCUACCUGUAAUGAUACGGAGCUCAGUACAGGCAUAGAGGGUAAGUAAUCCUUUGCUGAACUCUCUCUUGAGUCAUGGCUGUCCUUACCCACGCUAGCUCAUCUUGAAAUGACCUCAGCCACUGCUUUCGU